AAACGAAAGUACAAAGUAAAACUAAACAAUGUGGAGAUCAACGUCGAGAUGACGCUUAUGAUGUCCUAUGAAGACAGUUGAUGUCAAACAUGCAUUAAAUUUUAAAAGUUAUUUGAUCUAAAGACAAAAGAUGUAACCAAGAAAAAUCCUGAUAAUGUUUGUGUUGGUAGAAAUGAAAGAUACUGUGAGGAUCCCACCAUGGCUAUUCAAUAUUAAAUUCAAUGAUGCAGUAAUAGAAGCUUUGAACAAAAAAUUUGCCAAUAAGGUAGUACAUAAUGUUGGACUGUGCAUUGCAUUGUGGGAUAUCACCAAGAUAGAGGACAGUUUUAUUUUCCCAGGUGAUGGAGCUUCACAUUCAAUAGUCCAUUUCAGAUAUAUAGUGUACAGACCAUUUGUUGACGAAGUAUUGACUGGUAAAACUAAAAGUUGUAGUAAAGAAGGAGUGUAUGUUUCUAUGGGUUUCUUUGAUGAUAUAUUAAUACCUGCAGAUGCCAUGCAGCACCCUUCAAGAUUUGAUGAUAAAGAACAACUCUGGGCAUGGAGCUAUGAAGUGGAUGAAGAAAAACAUGAUCUUUUCAUGGAUAUUGGUGAAGAGAUCAGAUUCCGUGUUGUUGAUGAAACCUUCGUAGAUACCACACCUACAGGACCAGAUGGUACCAGUGUUGAAACCAGUGAUAAUCCUGAUCCUGAAUCAAAGAAAUCCCCAUACACAAUUGUAGGAUCAAUAUCAGAACCUGGCCUUGGACUUCUAUCAUGGUGGAACAGCUGACAGUAAAUUUAGUUGCCUUCUCAUCAGACAUCAUUUAAUGUGAAGAAAUUAUUUAAUCUUCAAUAAAAAAAUUCAUCAAAA